AUGGCCGGGGGCGCGGAGCGAGGCCGCGGGGGCGCGGGCUGCGGGCUGCGGGGCGCGCUGGCGGCCGUGGCGCUGCUGGCGGCGCUCAACGCCGCGGGCACCGUGUUCGCGCUGUGCCAGUGGCGCGGGCUGAGCGCGGCGGUGCGGGCGCUGGAGGCCCAGCGGGGCCGCGAGCGGCGCGAGGACAGCGCCCUGCGCUCCUUCCUGGCCGAGCUGAGCCGCGCGCCGCCCCCGCCGCCCCCGCCGCCCCCGGACCCCGCCGGCGCCGCGCGCAGCAAGCGCAGCCACGGCGGGGAGCCCGCGCCGCACCUCCGCGCCGAGAGCCACGACAUGCUGAUGCUGAUGACCUACUCCAUGGUGCCGAUCCGAGUGAUGGUGGACCUCUGCAACAGCACCAAGGGCAUCUGCCUGACAGGACCACCUGGCCCACCAGGACCUGCGGGAGUUGGCGGGUUACCAGGACACAAUGGCUCAGAUGGACAGCCUGGCCCCCAGGGCCCAAAAGGAGAAAAAGGAGCAACUGGAAAAAGAGGAAAAAUGGGGCUGCCUGGAGCCACAGGAGCUCCGGGGGAGAAGGGAGACCGUGGUGAGCUGGGCUUGACUGGACAUGAGGGCCCAGCAGGGCGAAAAGGAGACAAAGGAGACAAAGGGGACGUGUCCAAUGACGUGCUCCUCACAGGUGCCAAAGGUGACCAAGGCCCUCCUGGCCUCCCAGGACCCCCAGGCCCUCCAGGUCCCCCAGGACCUCCUGGAAGCAGACGAGCUAAAGGCCCUCGGCAGCCAAACAUGUUCAAUGGCCAGUGUACAGGUGAGACAUGUGUGAUACCAAAUGAUGACACCUUGGUUGGAAAAGCUGAUGAGAAAGUCGGGGAACACCAUUCUCCACCAGCAGAAUCCAUGAUCGCUUCCAUCGGAAGUCCGACACAAGUAUUGAAAGUUACAGAGACAUUUGGGACUUGGAUAAGAGAGUCUGCGAACAACAGUGAUGAACGGAUCUGGGUGACUGAACACUUCUCAGGCAUCAGGGUGAAGGAAUUCAAAGACCAACCCUCACUGCUGAAUGGCAGUUACACACUCGUGCACCUCCCCUAUUACUUCCAUGGCUGCGGGCAUGCCGUUCACAACAACUCGCUCUACUACCACAAAGGAGGCUCCAACACCAUAGUGAGAUUUGAAUUUGGCAAAGAAACAUCCCAAACUCUGAAGCUUGAAAACGCCCUGUAUUUUGAUCGAAAAUACCUCUUUGCCAAUUCCAAGACUUACUUCAAUUUAGCUGUGGAUGAGAAGGGCCUUUGGAUUAUCUAUGCUUCAAGUGUGGAUGGCUCGAGCAUUCUGGUCGCCCAGCUGGAUGAGAGGACAUUCUCUGUGAUGCAACAUAUCAAUACCACGUACCCCAAAACCAAGGCCGGCAACGCCUUCAUUGCCCGAGGGAUCCUUUAUGUCACAGACACCAAGGAUAUGAGGAUAACAUUUGCUUUUGAUUUGUUAGGAGGGAAACAGAUCAAUGCUAACUUUGAUUUAAGAACUUCCCAGUCUGUUCUUGCCAUGUUAUCAUACAAUAUGAGAGACCAGUAUUUAUAUUCGUGGGAAGAUGGCCACUUAAUGCUUUAUCCUGUGCAGUUUUUGUCAUCGGCAUUAAACCAGUGAUAAGAUUCAUUCUGUUCACCCUCAGUAACUUUCAGAUGUUCUCUGGCACCAUUUAUACCCCAACAUAAAUCUUGUCUUUAGGGUAACCAGGUAUUUAGCUGUCGUAGUCUCAGGGAGGUGAGUGUUGAUAUGGUCAGGGAAUCCCCCUGCAGUUCAGAUUCCUUAGGGGAACAUAGCAAAGACUUGCAGUCAAAAUAGCUGAGAUUUGGUGAUUUCUCCACAGACUGGCUGGGUGAGUUAUACCCCUUCCUCUUUAGGGCCUUAUUUUUCCUGACUGAUAAUAGGAAAGGGCUGGUGAGAAUGAUUAGCAAGAUUUCCUCUACCUGUAGGAAACUCUGUUGCUGCUCUCACAACUGUUAUAUAUUUGAUUUUGUUUGGGGUAUUUAGCCACAUGCUGAGCAAAUUUACGUCGGAGCUGAUAAGCCCGAUUGCUUGAGCGGUGAAAGCCUUAGUACUGACUUGUAUUCAGUGUCUUGGGCGGCCGCACGGACCCUUUCAGGCUACGGAGGGACCUUAUUACCGUAACUUAUUACCUUCCUCUGCCUCUGCACCUGCCACCACAGCACCAGAAUGAAAAUUACCCUCGGCUCCUGAUUGCGGCUCAAGAUAAGCAAAAGCCAGACACAGCUACGUGCUCGGGUUUGCUAAUGAACCGGGAACAGGCCCUUCAGGCUCCUGUCCAUCUCGGGUAGUGCUGGUUUGCAGCUGGGGGUAAACGUUGACUCCUCAGGCCCCCCUAGCUGCUUCUUGCUCUGCGACGCCUCUGCUCUCAGAGCACAGAAUAUUGUGUAAGGAGCAUUCGUCUGGCUAGAACCAUGGGAAGCACUUUGUGGUUUUCGGGAGAGGUACCGUAUGUGGUUAUUAUCUAGAACAGGGACGGGCAAACUAUGGCCCUUCGGCCAAACUUGCCCACUGCCAGUUUUUGUCAGUUGCGUUAGAAUAGUUACAAGCAUUUGCUUGCGUAGCCCAGCUUGUAACCGCUUUUGCUCUGCGAUGGCAGAACCGAGUCGCUGCAAAGAAUCUGAGCAGGGGCCUGCAAAGCCUGAAACGUUCACCCGCUGGCCCUUUACAGCAAACGUUUGCCGACCCCUGGUCUAGGAUGUAAAGUGAGCCUGACUGUUGGAAGGGCUUCUUCACCGCGGGCUCUUUGUUAUGUUUUGUUUUAUUCCACCCUAAGAAGGCAUAAUUUAUAUGGUUUGAGUGUUUGGUCGAGGGGAAGGGUGAGAACAGUAUAAAAUUAAGGGGACCUCCCCGAAAGCAGUUAGUAAACUGCUCUUUCCCUAAUAGUCUUUGGAUUUUUUUUUUUAGGUUUCAUUUAUUUAUUCAUGAGAGACACAGGGAGAGAGAGAGAGACACAGGCAGAGGGAGCAGCAGGCUACAUGCAGGGAGCUCGACGUGGGGACUUGAUCCGGGUCUCCAGGAUCACGCCCUGGGCCAAAGGCAGGCACUAAACCGCUGAGCCACCCAGGGAUCCCACUGAUAAAGUUUUAAAGAAUAUGAUCUGGUCUCCUUGGACGCCAGGAGACCAAUCCAGCUUAACUUGCACCUGAAUACCCUAUGUUUAUGCCAAAUCAGUUCUUCAAACAUUAUGCAGCCUGGGGUCCAGGCAGGGCUGCUAAGAAGAGAGAGGAAUCUGGAGAGUUACUGGGUCCUACAGCCAGGAAGGGGGCCUAGGGAAAAUCUUACGCAAAGAUUUUUCAUCAAUUUGCCUUUACUUGAAUUCCUGUGUGUGGAGGAGGAGAGCUACAUGCUCCAGGUUCCCCCCUCUCCCCCCCCCAUAAGUUUCAAUUCAUACUCAGUCCUGAGUUGGUGGCUUUAUACCUUAUUAAAAGAAGCAUUUUAAAACUUAGAGGCUUUACAGAUUUGAAUAUUUAAAUCCUCCUAACUCCUGAAAACACUUAGGCAGCUACUGGGGACUUGUUGUUGUUGUAUUCUCAAAAUAGCAGAUAUUUGAAAUUUGUUCUCCACUUUAUCACAUUGGUUGUGUCAUGUCAGCAUAGCUUCUUAAAAAAACUCUUCGAAUUCAUGUUUUGUAACAAAGUAAAAUAGUUUCAUGUUUAAGAUCAAUGCAUCUGAUGAAUACUAGUCUUCUUUUAAAGUAUUUAAAUAUAUGUGUUGCUGUUUCUGCACACAGGGGACCUGGAUAUGAAUACAGUUUCAUAGUAACAGUGGUAUUAGUAAUAAUAAUAGUAUACAAUACUAAUUGUAUAUAUGGUAGAAACCAAAACAGGUUAUUGAAUUAGCACAUAUUCCUUUUAGAAAAAAAUUUUUAGAAGCCUCAGUCUUGAUAUCUGAGCUAUCCUGGCUCCUUUGACUGUGGGUAUGGAAUCAUAUACUUCUAGAAAAACUCAUACUGGGAUUUUUUUUUCCCAUGGCAGAGGGACAAUGGAGUCUGACCAAGGUAUAAUGGGUAAUGCUAUAAUAUGGUUGAAAGUUUGUCUUUACGUGUACAAAAAAUUAAGAUUUUACUCAUUCUUGCCCGCAAACCCUACUUAAAAAAAAAGUUUGGGCUCACUGCUAAAAUAGAUCAUACAGCCUAAUGUUUUAAAGCCAAGAUAUCAUUUUAGAAGUUUACACUGUCACUUACAAUCAAAGUUGCUUUAAAGCACUUUCCAAAUAUCUGCACUUCUGAUGUCAGAAUCAAAGCAGAUAAUACUCUAAUGCUUCUUUAAUCUAAUGUAGAUAGCUCUCCUCUGGAAAGUAAAUAACACCAUCCUCCCAACCUCAAAUGUAGGCUGGACCCUGUUUCAAAGCGUUUUCUCUCAAACUGAUAAUGUGUCCUAUUGAAGCCAUGCAGGCGGUGAUGGGCUCAGCGUAUCACUAAGCACAGAUGUUAUGAGAGAGAAAUAGCCCUGGGGUGGAAGUUUUAAAAUGAAAUGUUCUGGUCUUAGGCCCUUUCACAGUCUAAUUACCUUCAAGGUUGCAAAGUGAAGGUUCAAAUAAGAUAUUAUGAUCCUUGAAGGAGCCACAAGUCCUUCCAAGUUCAUUACUACACAGGUGGGCUGUGACUAUUUGAUGUCAAACCAUCUGAAGAAGCGUGUAGAUAGGGCUUUUCAGUUUUCACCCCACUGCUGUGACCUAGUAUAGCAAGCUAUUAAAAGCGAUAAUUUCCAGUCUGUAACCACAGGUCUGAACCAUUCUGAACAAUGAAUGAAUCCUGAGGAAUGGCUCUUUUCUGGUUGUCAUUACUUCACGUUAGCCAGUACAAUAAUCACUGCUAAAUACAAUCACAUGUUGAAACAAGUGUAUUCUUAUUUCUUGUUAAUUUACAUGUAACAUUUAAAAGAAAAAAUAACAACCCAAAACAGUACUAUGGAAGAAUUAUAUUGGUUGCUCCUCUGUUAAAACUCUUGCAAUUUGCUAACUCCGGAAAACUCAAAAGUCAUUGAUGUGGACUGUGUUCUCUAUAGGAAAACAUGAAAACUAUAUAAAGCUAGUAACUAGAACCAGAAGCAGAUAAAUGCAAUGAAGAUCUGCUAAUUUAUUGGCAUAGGCAAAGCAACUUGAACAUAACAUUUUGGCCUAAACAUUAAAAAGGACAGGUUUAAAAAGAAAAAACAAUAAAACCUGACUUUGUGUGAAUUUGGGCAAGUAUCUUCAUCCCUCAGUGCCUGUUUCAUCUGUAUAAUGUAUAAUAGUAUUCUUACUUCCUCGCAUUUUUCUAUGAGAAAUGAAAAGUGCUAUGAAAAUUAUACAAUUCUUGAGAAAUUAUUGUUACAUUUAUAGUUCAUCCCUAGGGAGAAUCAGAGUGAUCCCAUUGUUCUCACAGCCUGAUUCAGGGGCCACAGAAAUGGAUCAGGGCCACGCCACACGGUUUCUGUCCAUUGGCCUGUUCGAUUAGGUAGUUAACACUUCAUACCAGCAUAAGCAAAAAGAGUUCUUAGUUCUACAACAAAUUUACAAUAAAACUGGGCCAAAUAAUGAAAAAUACUAUUUGA